AUUACAAGGGUUCGCUGAGUCCUGGCGACUUAACUGUUGCCUAAGAUACACGAAACACCGUUCUCUUCUCGUCUCUUCUUAAUAUAAACAAGCGGGAAGCUCGGACACAGCAGAGUUCUGGGGAGUGACACUGUGAAUCUUCACCGAGUGCGGAAUCAAUACGCUGUCGUAUCAGCGUGGAUUUCGUUUUCGGCUCUGCACUCUCCAAUGGAACGUUUUGCCAGGUCAGCUCGGGCAUGGCGUCGCCAUUGCCCUUCAUUUCCCUCUUUCCGAACCCUAACUUCUCACUCCUCGCGCCGCAUUCCCACUUCUUCAUAUCCCAAAAUCGUAUCUGCUUGGUCUACCUCCUCCGUGUCUGAUGUUUCGAGUUCCAGAAUUUUGCGCGAGGAUUUUUGGUUGCUUCCUGCUGUGCUAGGUGGUGUUUUUGGAGUUGGAUUGGUGGAAACGGCGUAUGCGGAUAAUGCUGGGGAGGAUGUUCAAGAAACUGCUAAGAAAGAACGCGAGCGAAUUGAGGACUUGAUCAAAAGCAGAGGAAUUCGAAUUGGUUCUUAUCCUCGCUUCACUGUUUCCGUUAAAGGCCAAAAGGUCAGUAUAAAGUUUCAAAUUCCUCCUGGUUGUGAAAUCCCACAACUUAUUGCAAAUCUCACUGCACAUCUUGGACUGAAAGAUGAAGGCCAUGGUGGUGGUUCAGAUAUGUUAUUGCGAGCUUGGGACAGCACAGUGGCUUGGCAACUCACCCUUACUCAUCCAUCAAAACAAAAACAUAUUCAAGAGAAUCACCCAUCUUCAACAGAUAUAUAUGCAGAUGAUAGAGAUCUAUGUGUACUUAUAUUUCAUUCUCUCAUUGGGUCAGAUAAAGCUGAAAUUGAAUUCAUUAAGCAAGGUAGCUUGAGUCCUGAAGAGCUUGAUGCUUUCAUCUCUGUUUUACAAUUAGCUGGUAACAAGUUGGGACUAAGAAACCCUCUGGAAAGAAGACCUAGGGAAGAGACCCAAAAGGUGCCAUCUGUAGAUAAAUCUAUUUCCGAUCUCAAGGGUAUGGGAGUGAGAAUUUAUGGACUUGAUGAACCCAUGGGUAUAUCGAAUGGUAAGAUAUCAUGGGACAACAUUGCUGGGUACGACCAUCAAAAAAGAGUAAUAGAAGAUACCAUACUGUUGGCUCUGCAUAGUCCUGAAGUAUAUGAUGAUAUUGCUCGAGGGACUCGUCAAAAGUUUGAAUCAAACAGACCUCGAGCUGUGCUGUUUGAAGGUCCACCAGGUACAGGGAAAACUUCAUGUGCUCGUGUUGUUGCCAAUCAAGCGGGUGUCCCUUUGCUAUAUGUGCCACUUGAGGCAAUAAUGUCCGAAUUAUAUGGUAAAAGUGAACGCCUUUUAGGGCAAGUGUUUUCACUUGCAAACAAUCUUCCUAACGGUGCUAUUAUAUUUCUGGAUGAGAUUGAUUCUUUUGCUGCUGCUCGUGAUAUUGAAAUGCAUGAAGCUACACGCAGAAUAUUGUCAGUAUUAUUGCGACAGAUAGAUGGCUUUGAGCAGGAUAAGAAAGUUGUUGUCAUUGCUGCCACAAAUAGAAAGGAAGACCUUGAUCCCGCAUUAAUCAGUCGGUUUGAUACUAUGAUCCCUUUUGGCUUGCCCGAUCAUCAUAAUCGUCAGGAAAUAGCAUCCAAAUAUGCAAAGCACCUGUCCACACCCGAACUAGAUGAACUGGCAAGAGUUACAAACGAUAUGUCUGGAAGAGAUAUUAGAGACCUUUGUCUGCAAGCAGAACGAUCUUGGGCGUCGAAGAUUAUUCGAGGACAAGUGGCUAAAGAUGGCGAACAAGCGAACCUUCCACCUUUGCAAGAAUAUAUAGAGUGCGCUACGAGUCGACGCGAGGCGCUGCUUAGUGCCGCAAACAAGAAUCUCCGAAGUUCUUCCCGCCGCAGGAUUAUAAGUGAUUAAGACCUUAUUUAACAAUACACAAAGCGUGUUUGUAUGGUUUAUAUAUAUAAAUUUAUAGUUUUUUAUAUUUAUAAUCCUACUAUUAAUUUAUGGUUUAAUAAUUUAGAAAAAGGGUUUAAGGGAGAGCUUGAAAUUUAUAGUGAAAUGGAAAAUAACAUGACUUUUAGACACCUUAAUUUUGUUGAGCAUUUUGUAAUGGGUUUUAUUAAUCUUAAUCUCAGCUGUUAGAGUUGAAUUUAAGCAUUCAUAAAUAUAAAAUUUUAUAUUAAAAAAGUGUUUAUUUAUUGUAUUGAACUUAUUAAAGUAUAAUAAAUAAUCUUUU